AUGUGCCUGUACUGUUGCGGAGACGAAGCUGUCCAAGUGCACCCCGAAGGACCUAAACAGCAUCAUCCUUCAGAGGUCACGGAGAAGCAGACUGCAGAUAAACGUAUUCAGUAUUUGCAAAAUCUAAGGAAAGAGAAGAGGAAAUUAAGUAAACGGUUUGCAAGGCCUUCUCCUGUUCCAGAACCCGGUCUCCUA